AUGACCAAAGCCACAGCUGCACAUUCCAAGGAACACAUGCCGAACAAGCCAGUCUUUACACGAACUUAUAUUGCCUGCGCUGCUGCACAAGGCCUGCGUUGGGUUCAUUUGCCUUUUGGCUGGGAUCUUAUGCAGGACUCCUGGCACUGUGGUUGGUUUGUCGGCUGUGAGAUUCCCGAGCUCUGGCUCGCUUGCCUCGAGACACUGCUGGCAGUCGUCGGCAAACAUUGCAUGGAGGCAGAUCCCGACCUCAUGGGCCAGGGUACUAUUGUCUCAUGUCAUGGUUACCCAGACCCUACGCAAACCGUUGAGCAGCAAACCAUGCUGUCGGGUUUGCUGGCGACAGCCGAGCAGAGUGACCCGCCCAUCGGUCUCAGUUUAUUCUUCAUUUUGCUUUUUCUCAGCUUGCCCUCUGGCUCAGCACAGCAGUCGACUGAUAGCUGCAUAUGCUACCCACAGCGGAGCUGCACGGUACGGGCAGCAUCAACGGGGAUAGACGCGGAUGCGGACAUGGACAUGCCGCCGUCAGCGAUGCUCGGAAAGCUGCAGCGCGUAGCAGCUCCGGACGAGCAUCUCUGCCAAUCCCAGGGCUUCGGUAGAAUGUCCAUUGCCAUGCAAAAACGUGCAGUGUCCUCUGACGACUGCACCAUGCCGACUCGCCCUCUGUCGGAAGCAAGCUAAGCUCUGUACCUGCGUUGGGUAACACACAUUCGGGUCCCAUCUCCAUGUUCAUCAGAAAAUGUGUCACAUAUAUUCAGGCCUUCCUCCUGGAAUGCAG